UCCGCGCCAUUAGGUUAGACUACCGGCGUCUGCGCCAGCCGAAACGUCUGAGUGCUCCAUAACAGAUUUUUCAAAAAAAAUAUAUGUGUAAACAUUUAUUCGGUCGGUCUUCAAAUCGUGAAAGUAAUAAAUAAAAAAAACACUUAAAUAAUCCGGAAUAUCAACUAUAAGUUUGUGGAUUUCACCCGCUGUUCGUAUAAUAUACCUAUCAAUUUUACAAAUAUAAUUUUGAUACAUUCAAAAUGCUCGUAAAAAUCAUCACUACUCUCUCGAUUAUCGGCGCCGCAUGUGGGUUAGCUAGCCAUUCAGAAGAUGACAAAUCGUUCGGCUACGACUCCGGCGAACUCGAUCCUCCCCAUUGGGCAAACGAAUAUAAAACGUGUUCCGGCAAGUAUCAGUCACCCAUCGACAUCGAAGAAAAUCUUGUGACCAAAGUGACUUUGCCUCUGUUGCGUUUUCACAAUAUCGACACUCUUCCCGCGAGAACGACCAUAACGAAUAACGGACACACGGUGGUCCUACAACUUAAUUACACUUCACCGGUAAUGGUAAGCGGCGGCCCUCUAACGCCCAAGUACAAGUUUACUCAGAUGCAUUUCCAUUGGGGGGUCAACGACUCUUUGGGCAGCGAAGAUCUCAUUAACAACCACAGUUACCCCAUGGAACUGCAUAUGGUCUUCUCCAACAUGGACUACGAAGACGAUAAGGUGGCUUUGACCAAGAACGACGGUCUAGUGGUAUUGGCGUCGUUCUUCGAGAUCACCGAACACGACAACCCUGUAUAUGCCGAGAUAGUCGAGGCGUUAGGUCGAAUUCACUUGCCCGACGAGUCCACGGUGUUGCCAUUCGGAUUCACCAUCAGGUCCAUGUUACCAGACACCACCGAACUUUAUUUUACUUACAAAGGUUCGCUGACGACGCCACCGUGCUUGGAAGUAGUCACGUGGAUUGACUUCAAACGACCCAUUUUGCUUUCACACAACCAGAUACAAGCAUUCCGGAUGCUACGGUCCAAACACGGACAACUGACGCACAACGCCAGGCCCGUCCAAGAGUUGUCCGGCAGGCCGAUAUGGUACAACGUGGGCGGAUCCGCGAUGCUCAACGGCCCGGCCAUGAUGGACAACGACGGCGCCCCCUCGUCGAUGGCUUCCGGCGCACUUUUACCGCUGUCCGCCGCCGUCCUGGCGCUGCUCCGCUUCCGGCCGCUGUUCUGAUGCCUCGCACGCACAGGCAUAAUAAUAUGACAAUACUAUAUAAUAACUAUACUCUAUAGUAACAUAAUAAUAAUAAUAAUAAUAAUAAUAACAUCAGUACCGCCGUUAUUAUUAUUAUUAUUGUUAUUGUUAUGAUUUGAUAACAAUAUUGCAUAGGCAUCCUCCUGUAAACAUGCUAUGUCUUUGUACAGAGUGUAUCACUGUGAUCUGACAGAAUUCUAUUAGGAAAUCUGUCCAUGAUCAACGUGAUACAUCCUGUACAAUAGCCGACACAUGACAUGUUUAAGGGCAAAGUUAAUAUUGAUUAUUAUAAUUGUCAUUGUAAUACGUCGCGUUAUUAACUUUUACAUAUUAAUUAAUAUAUUAUUAAAAAUAAUAAAAACGUGAUAGAUCUCAACAAUUAAUUAGGAUUUAUUAAAAAAAAAGGAAAAAACACUUAAGCGACUUAAAAAUAAUGUACGUCUUGAUAUCACUUUUUUCAAAUUUUUAAUUACUUUUUUUUAAUAUUAUAUUAUUAUAUAUAAAUCCUAAGUAUACAUUAUUACGAUAAGAUUUUUGUUUUAUAGACUUUUGUAAAUAUUUUAAAUCAUAGACCAAAAUCAUAAUAACUCAUAGUUUAUACCGUAAAAAAUAACUAACAAUUAAACCAACUUCGCAAUCACCUGUGUAUUUCAAUUACUUAUGUAUUUUAAACAUUUUAACACAGUAACCACACUUUUUUUAAUAUAUUUGAAUGGGCUCGACAGCUAUUUUUUUUUUUAGUCGCUUCCAUGGAAGCCAUUACUCAUUUGAUAGUUUUACUUAAAAACAUGGCUUUGACCCGUCAGACACGCACUUUUUAAUUGUAUUCAUUUUAAGUAGUAAAGCCAAAUGAACAGUCUCCCUUUCGCGUUAAUCAUGAUCGGAUAUCCCUUUUGUUAUUUUAUAAUAUUCUUUUUCCAAAGUAAGUGUCAUUGUGUAAACUUGGAGGACGACAAAUAUAGGCAUAAACUAUAGCAAAUACCAUUUGACGGUAAAAUUAAUUGACGAAACAGCCGUGAACUAUCAUUAUAUUGUUAUUAUUAUUCGUGCUCGUUUAAACGAUUCUAAAAUACUUCAAUAUAACUUUGUAUCUUGUGUGUAAUCAUCAGGCUUACAUAGUAAUUUGUAUUGUUGUUGAUUUUUUUGGCUUAAUUACAUGGUCGCCCAUUUAGGCAUAACAUUUAAAAUGUAUGUGUGCUGUUUUUUUCAAUUCAAUGUAUAUUUAUUUUUAUUUAGAAUAACCAAGAAAAAUUGUAUACGUUGUGAGUUUUUAGUAUUUUUUCUCAUACGACUUUUUGCUAAAGUAUUGUUUUUUAAAUUUAUUAUAUAAAUAAAGUUACUAAAAAUAAAUGUAAUGUUACACGUUUGUAUUUGCUAAGGAAGUAUAAUAUUAUAUAAUUUAUUUGUAAAAAAACUUAAGAAGAAUACUUCCACGACUCUCUACUACUACUAUUAUUAUUAUUACUAUUAUUAUUUAUUGUAUAAUCUAAUACUUUAAUUACAU